CGGAUAGGCUGCAAACCCGGAAACAGCAACGUUUCCAGCUGGACGCUUUUUAUGUCGUAUUAUGUAUAUUGAAAGCGCUUGAUAUUUACGUGUAGCAGUUAAGAUAAACAUCCAUUAGUUUGCUUGGAGCACGAAUUUAUCGGAUACAGGUCGCUGUUGUGUGUUGUCAUUUGCAAGUCGGACGCCUUUAUUAUUUGUUGAUCGUCAUUGAUCUCAGCUUGCCGGAGUUCAGUAUGGACGGUGAGGCGGACGGCUCGGUGGCGGUGUCAGAUGACUCCGGGAGGAGACGUAAGGUGCACGGCAUGCUGAAGCUCUACUACGGCCUGAACGAGGAGGGCAAGUCCCCUGAGCAGCCGGAGUCCCUGGAUCCCUGCGACAUCAAUGGGCCGCAUUUUGACCCUGAGCACUACCUCAACAAGCUCAGGAGGGAGUGCUCUCUUGCAGAGUUAAUGGACCAGGAGACCUGCAUGGUGAAGCAGAUCCGCUCUUUGGACAGUGACAUGCAGACGCUGGUGUAUGAAAACUACAACAAGUUCAUAUCAGCUACAGACACCAUAAGAAAAAUGAAGAAUGACUUCAAAAAGAUGGAGGAUGAAAUGGACUGCUUGUCUGCUAACAUGGCAGCGAUCACUGAUUUCAGUGCUCGGAUCAGCGGGACUCUUCAAGACCAGCACGCACAGAUAACAAAACUCUCAGGGGUUCAUACUCUGUUGAGGAAGCUGCAGUUCCUGUUUGAGCUACCUGCUAGAUUAAACAAAUGUCUGGAGCUCCAGGCCUAUGCUCAGGCAGUGAGCUCCCACCGACGUGCGCGCUGUGUGCUGCAGCAGUACAGCCACCUCUCCUCGUUCAAGGGAAUUCAAGAUGACUGUCAUGCCAUCAUGGACAAGCUGGCCCAGGAACUUCGACAAAAGUUCAGGGAUGGUGGAUCGAGUGCCAAAGAUUUAUCGGAGUGCGUGGAGCUGCUGCUUCAGCUGGAUGAGCCAGCAGAAGAGCUCUGUGAUAAAUUCCUGAGCCAUGCACGGUCUCGACUCGAGUCAGAACUCCAAGGCCUGGAAGCAGAGAUAAGACCCUACCCUUCUGCCUCAGCCGUGAAAGAUGCUCCUGCUCGCAGGGCGUCAUCUUCUGCAGUUCCUGGGUCCCCGACUGAUAGUUCCCCAAAACCCAGCUCUCUCCCCUCUCCUACAACAAACACUGACAUCCUAGAAUUCAUAGACAGAGGCUGCAACGAAUUUGUAAGCAGCUUAUGUUUAGUAAUUACAUCAUAUCAAGAACUGUUUAUCAACCACGCUCAGACAGGUGAGCUAGCGUCCAAAAAUAUUCCUCAGAUGGCAAACGGCAAGCUGCACGCCUUUGUGGAUGAUCUGGCUGCUCGCUAUUUCUCGCUCGUGGAGCGCAGGAUACAAGAGGAGAAAGGUGUCGGAGAUAACUCGCUCUUAGUCCGCGCACUCGACCGCUUCCACCGCAGACUUCAAGCUGUGUCCAAACUGCUGCCCGGCUCAGGGGUGCCAAACAAGGGGACAGAGAUCGUGAUACGGGCAGCGACGGAGCGAGUCAAGCAGUACCUCUCCGCUCUGCAGAGCUUCUAUAUGGACAGCUUGACAGACGUGAGGCAGGCCCUGGCGACGCCUCGACUUUCUGUGGCUGGCGCGUCAGUGUCCGGGGGUGGAGCUUUUCUGGGAGGACCAGCCUCCAGCAGGGAUGCCCCGAACAGCCUGCCAGAGCUGCUGUCGUCUCUCUCGGCCUCUAUUCUCAACCAGAUUAAGUCGGUGUUAGCAUCAGUGCAUCUCUUCACAGCUAAGGACAUUACAUUCUCCAACAAGCCGUACUUCAAGGGUGAAUUCUGCAGCCAGGGUGUACGGGAGAAGCUGGUGGUGAGCUUUAUCAAGUUUGUGUGCCAGUCUUCCCGCCAGUUUUGCGAGAGCGCAGGAGACAAAGGAGGUUCAACCCCCCCAGCCCUUCUGCUGCUGCUGUCUCGCCUCUGCUUGGACUAUGAAACCUCUACAAUCUCCUACAUACUCACGCUCACAGAUGAACAGUUCCUUGUACAGCACCACAGUCCAGUAACACCUGUCACGACUUUAUGUGCAGAAGCCAGGGAGGCAGCACAGAAACUACUCAACCAUUAUGUCAAGGUUCAAGGACUAAUCAUCUCCCAGAUGUUGAGAAAGAGCGUGGAAACCAGAGACUGGGUCAACACCAUCGAACCACGGAAUGUUCGCGCAGUGAUGAAGAGAGUCGUAGAGGACACCACCUCGAUUGACGUGCAGGUGGGUCUUUUGUAUGAAGAAGGCGUGAGGAAGGCGCACAGCAGUGACUCCAGCAAAAGGACUUUCUCUGUGUACAGCAGCUCCAGGCAGCAAGCCCGCUACGCUGCCAGCUACACUCCAAGUGCUCCCAUGGACACCAAUCUACUGAGCAACAUACACAAGCUGUUUUCAGAGAGGAUUGAUAUCUUUAGCUCAGUGGAGUUCAACAAGGUCUCCGUGAUGACGGGCAUUAUCAAAAUCAGUUUAAAGACAUUCCUGGAGUGUGUGCGCCUGCGCACCUUUGGCCGUUACGGGCUGCAGCAGAUUCAGGUCGACUGCCACUACCUGCAGAUGUACUUGUGGCGCUUCGUGUCUGACGAAAACCUCGUGCACUUUCUGCUGGACGAGAUCGUGGGGAGCUCCGCCCACCGCUGCCUGGAUCCCGCCCCGAUGGAGCAGAGUGUCAUCGAAGUCAUCUGUGAAAGAGGUUAAGAGGUCAAAGUGCAGAGAGAUACAAUUAUAGUAUACACUGGAAUCCUGCAUCCAUUUGAAACACUUACUCUGACUUACUGUAAAAUGUUUUAUUGACCCAGACUCAUAUUGCUCUGCUGUAAUAUUAGUCGCAUCUAACCAUAUCAUUGAUGGGAAAACCCUAAAUAACCAUGGUCCUCAAUAAGAAAAAAAACACCUCACCAUUAAAGCAAACCACAAAAACUUUUGACUAUUAUCUUUUCAACAAGAUUGAGUCACGGUCAGACAGUGAAUUAGGAGCAAAUCUACAUUUUAAUCCAAGGCACUAGGGUUGAUUCUUUCUGUUGUCAUUUACAAACCAUGCAGUGUAACAGAAAGCAUCUCCCCUCUGCCUGCAAAGACGGAAGAAAAUGCUCCAUCAUACAAGCUCCAUUUUUUAGCACAUGUUGAAUGUGAAUCCAGAAUAUUAAUGCCUAAAGAGAAAAGUUGUGUUCUGCGGAAAUCUCAUGUAUUAAUUAAACAUUUUCAGGGGUCCAUUGCUGAAUAACUUAUGAUCUGAAUGUCUUCUCUGAUUGUGUAACACUACCUGCUGGAGGUUUGUUUUUUCUGUCCAUAUCUCCAGUAAUGCAUUUGGUUUAAGGUGGGUUUAAAUAUGCAUAUCUACAAUAAAAGUGAAUAAAAGUUAAAAUGUGUGUUCCUUCCAAAACGAGGCUCAUGCUACACGUA